AAAGAAUCUUUCAUAGAAAAAUGAAAUGAAUGAUGUCAUUGUUAAGCGUGAAACUUUUUAAAAGCAACAACAGUUACCCAAUAAUCUAAUAGAAAACUACGCUGACCCACAACUGAAUUACUCACUAAAAGGUAGAAGUUAAAACCCAAGCCAAAGCCUUUUACUUUCUCCUCCUUUGUUCCAGCGUUUUGGUUCAGAAGACAAAAAUGGCGACUUCUCAAACCCAAAACCCUCUCAAAACCCCCUUUUCUCAACUGUCAAUCAAAGAACAUAAGCCCUGGUUCUAUAAACCCCGUCAUUUAACAAUCACCGCUGCCCAUCCCCACCUCUCCGGCCGCAAGCUCCGAGCCGCCGUUAUAGGCGGAGGCCCAGCCGGGUCCUCCGCCGCGGAAACCCUAGCUUCAGGCGGGAUCGAGACCUUCCUCUUUGAACGCAGCCCUUCAACCGCCAAACCCUGCGGCGGUGCCAUUCCUCUUUGCAUGAUCGACGAAUUCUCCAUCCCUCUACACCUCAUCGACCGCCACGUCACCAAGAUGAAAAUAAUCUCCCCUUCGAAUAUCGCCGUCGAUUUCGGAUCCAAAUCUCUCCGUUCCCACGAAUCCAUCCCCAUGCUCCGCCGGGAAGUCCUUGACUCCUUCCUUCGGGCCCGGGCACAAUCUGCCGGAGCCCAAUUAAUACCUUCCCUCGUCACCAGUCUCGAACUCCCAUCUUCCCCCUUUUCUCCUUACAUUAUCAACCACACGACCAACAACUCUCGUAAAACCCUAGCCGUUGAUCUAAUUAUCGGCGCCGACGGAGCCAAUAGCAAAGUGGCUAAAUUUAUUAAAGCAGGGAACUACACGUGCGCAAUAGCGUUUCAAGAGAGAAUCAGAUUACCGGACGAGAAAAUGGAGUAUUACCAAAAUCUCGCGGAAAUGUACGUGGGAGACGACGUGUCACCCGAUUUUUACGCGUGGGUUUUUCCUAAAUGUGACCACGUGGCAGUGGGGACGGGUACGGUGUGUGCGAAGCAGGAUAUCAAGUUAUACCAGAGAGGGAUCAAGGAAAGGGUGAGAAAUAAGAUCUACGGUGGAAAAGUGAUCAAAGUGGAGGCCCACCCAAUCCCCGAACAUCCCCGGCCAGUGCGUGUAAGAGGACGCGUGGCACUGGUAGGGGACGCAGCGGGGUAUGUCACCAAGUGUUCGGGUGAAGGGAUAUAUUUUGCGGCAAAAUCAGGGAGGAUGUGCGGGGAGGCAAUAGUAAGUGCAUCGGACGGCGGGGAGAGGAUGAUAGGGGAAGAUGAUCUGAAAAGGGGGUAUUUGAAGGAAUGGGAUCAAAAGUAUGUGAGUACAUAUAGAUUUUUGGAUUUGUUGCAAAGGGUGUUUUAUGGGAGCAAUGUUACAAGGGAGGCUUUGGUGGAAAUUUGUGGGAAUGAGUAUGUUCAAAGGAUGACUUUUGACAGCUACUUGUAUAAGAAGUUGGCCAAGGGAGAUGGAUGGGAGGAUUUGAAGAUGGUUUUGGGUACCAUUGGGAGCUUGAUGAGGUGCAAGAUUGUUGGGAGAGAGAUGGAAGCCAUCAAGUUUUAGGAUUUUUUUUUUAUGCCAAUGCAAAGGGUAUCAGAUUGUGUACUUGUAGUCUAAUUUUAAGAGUAUUUUCUUUUCCUCUCUAAGUUGGACAAAAAAAGAGUAGCUACAUUUGUUAUGAGGAGUUUUUGGUUUCAUUUUGUUGUAAAAUUAUU